CAGGUCCUGAAGGCAACUCCAGCGAGGAUGGUCGCUCCAGCAUUUCUAAGGGCCGUGGGGUGUCCGGCCCCACCUGGGGCACCCUAGCCUCCCACAGCCUACCGUCUGUGCUCCUGCCCCCUGCCCAUCUGAGGGCCAUUCGCCAUGGGCGGCUGCUUCUCCAAGCCCAAGCCAGUGGAACUCAAGAUUGAGGUGGUGCUGCCCGAGAAGGAGCGGGGCAAGGAGGAGCUGUCAGCCAGCGGGAAAGGCAGCCCCCGGGCCUACCAGGGCAACGGCACUGCCUGCCACUUCCACUCAGAGGAGCGCCUGCCUGCCCCUCACCCCUACUCUGGAGCUCAGGACUGUGUGGAGGCCGCCGUCUGCCAUGUCAAGGACCUCGAGAAUGGCCAGAUGCGAGAAGUGGAGCUGGGCUGGGGGAAGGUGUUGCUGGUGAAGGACAAUGGGGAGUUCCAUGCCCUGGGACACAAAUGUCCACACUAUGGUGCACCCCUGGUGAAAGGCGUGCUCUCCCGUGGCCGGGUGCGCUGCCCUUGGCAUGGUGCCUGCUUCAACAUCAGCACUGGGGACCUGGAGGACUUCCCUGGCCUGGACAGUCUACACAAGUUCCAGGUGAAGAUUGAGAAGGAGAAGGUGUACAUCCGGGCCAGCAAGCAGGCCUUGCAGCUGCAGCGAAGGACCAAGGUGAUGGCCAAGUGUAUCUCUCCAAGUGCUGGCCACAGUGGCAGCACCAACGUGCUCAUCGUGGGCGCAGGUGCAGCUGGUUUGGUGUGUGCGGAGACCCUGCGGCAGGAGGGCUUCUCAGACAGGAUCGUCCUGUGCACUCUGGAUCGGCACCUCCCCUAUGACCGACCCAAGCUCAGCAAGUCCUUGGAUGCUCAGCCCGAGCAGCUGGCCCUAAGGCCCAAGGAGUUCUUCCGAGCCUAUGGCAUCGAAGUGCUCACUGAGGCCCAGGUGGUCACAGUGGACGUGAGAAACAAGAAGGUCGUUUUCAAGGAUGGCUUCAAGUUGGAGUACAGCAAGCUGCUGCUGGCUCCAGGGAGCAGCCCUAAGACCCUGAGCUGCAAAGGCAAAGAGGUGGAAAACGUGUUUACCAUCCGGACUCCGGAGGAUGCCAAUCGUGUGGUGAGGCUGGCCCGGGGCCGAAAUGCGGUGGUCGUGGGAGCCGGCUUCCUAGGGAUGGAGGUGGCCGCCUAUCUGACUGAGAAGGCCCACUCAGUGUCCGUGGUGGAGCUGGAGGAGACACCCUUCAGGAGGUUCCUGGGGGAGCGUGUCGGUCGUGCCCUCAUGAAGGUUUUUGAGAACAACCGGGUCAAAUUCUACAUGCAGACAGAGGUGUCGGAGCUACGGGCCCAGGAGGGAAAGCUGAAGGAGGUUGUACUGAAGAGCAGCAAGGUGGUACGGGCUGACGUCUGUGUGGUGGGCAUUGGCGCGGUGCCCGCCACGGGCUUCCUGAGGCAGAGUGGCAUUGGUCUGGAUUCCCGAGGCUUCAUCCCUGUCAACAAGAUGAUGCAGACCAACAUCCCAGGUGUGUUUGCAGCAGGUGAUGCUGUUACCUUCCCUCUGGCCUGGAGGAACAAUCGGAAAGUGAACAUCCCACACUGGCAGAUGGCUCAUGCCCAGGGGCGCGUGGCAGCCCAGAACAUGCUGGCUCAGGAGGCGGAGAUCAACACCGUGCCUUACCUGUGGACCGCAAUGUUUGGCAAGAGCCUACGCUACGCGGGGUACGGAGAAGGUUUCGACGACGUCAUCAUCCAAGGGGAUCUGGAGGAGCUGAAGUUCGUGGCUUUUUACACCAAAGGUGACGAGGUGAUCGCCGUGGCCAGCAUGAACUAUGAUCCCAUCGUGUCCAAGGUGGCUGAGGUGCUGGCCUCGGGCCGCGCCAUCCGGAAGCGGGAAGUGGAGACCGGCGACAUGUCUUGGCUCACAGGAAAAGGAUCCUGAGCUUGCAUGCAGCAGACUUAGGCAGGCAUGCUGGGGCACCAGGGACAGAGGCCAAGCCCUGGGGGCAGGUGCCAACCUCCAAUUUCCCAGGGUCCCCCAGGGCAGGACCUGAGCCCUCCCAGUGUUUGCCAUCUGCUGCCUGGCUCACUUUCAGAGAGGCCUCUGCUUCUUCCAAGAGAUGCUCACCACCCAAGGCCUCCACAGCUACCAAUGGCUAGCAGUGGAGGCGAGACAGGCCCUGCCUCUUCUCUGUAUUGGGACUGGUCCCCUGUAGGAGCCUACAACAUCUUAGACAUUACCUUAAAAUUAAAACGCACACAUUUGCAGAUC